AUGCUGGAGGUUCUUAAUCAAUCGGCUAAAACGAUGAAGAAGUUGAAGCAAAAGCGAAUUCCAUUUCACAGUACCAAAAUGACAAGGAAACUGCGCAUCAUUUGUGAUGAUCCUGAUGCUACCGACUCGUCAUCGGAUGAAGAUGAGCACUAUGGAAAUGGUUGGAAGGUGAAGAGAACUGUGGUUGAGAUUUCUCUUCCACCUGUUCCAGUUAACUCUGUCGUUGCAGCUGAAACUAGUACUGAGAGUUCAAACAAUGAGGAACUGAACAAGAAGAGGGUUUUGACCAAAAGUCACUCGGUGAAGAGACAAUCUUGUGGGAAAUACAAAGGUGUUCGUAUGAGGAAAUGGGGCAAAUGGGCUGCAGAGAUUCGCGAUCCUUUCAAGGGUGCCCGUGUCUGGUUGGGCACUUACAACACUGCAGAAGAGGCUUCUCUUGCCUAUGAGACCAAAAGGCUUGAGUUUGAAGCCACGGCCAAGGCUCUCUCUAAUGAGAGGAGCAACAACAACAUCAUCACCAACAACAUGAUGGACAGCAACAACUAUGUUGUUGCAUCUGUUGUAACUGUGGCUGCCCCUGAAAAGAACAACUACUGUGUUUCUUCUAAUGAAGGUUCUGUAUCAGACUCCAAGUCUGCUACUAAUGACUACUCAGAUAGUAGUAUCCUGUCACAUACAUCACCAUAUUCUGUGCUUGAGUUGGAUACCUCUGCUUCCAAUUUGACUGGGAGUGGUAAGGUUUCAGGCAAUGAAAUUGUUGAUACUAAAGAUUUGGAGGCCGAAGGUUUGGCCUCUGAGUUUGCUGAGCUGGAAAUCCCAGACUUGAGUAUGCUGACUGUGCCACCUCCAUCUGCAGCCAAUGCUACUUCUUCCUCUCAGUUUGAUUUUGAUUGGUUGCCAUUGGACAAUCUAGAGCAUGGAUUUGAUGAGGAGCUUGGCUUUGAUGAUGAUCUUGCUGCCUUGGAGGACAUGCAGAUUUAUGGCUUUGAUGACAGUCAGCCUAGUGAGCUUCCUGAUUUUGAUUUUGAUGACUUUGGUGCUGAUGAGUUUGCUGAUGAGAAGGUAAGAGAACAUAAAUGGAGAAAGUGGGGACAAAGCAUGGGUGUUGUGAAGCACAGGCAAGAAAAGACGCUGUAUCCCGAUAAGAGACUUGUUUGGCAGCUGCGCUAG